AUGUGGCUUUUAGCGUGGGCCACAUGGAUACCUGUAUGUGGGCUUCUUGCUAGCCAACUUAACAUUCAAGGUGUGGCUUUCCUAAAAGCGGUUGCCUACAAACCCUGGCAUAAAUCAAAAAGAUUCAGUGACGCAAUUGAAUGCUACGCGCAGAACAAGGCACAGACCCCGGAAAAGUUGGAGGAGGCGGUAAAGUUCACCUACUUUAUAAUCGACGAAAUCAAACAACUGUUAGCUGCACAUUCGAUUUUUGUGACACCGGAAUACGUCGGGAGUGCGUUCGAAGGAUUGAGAGUGAGGGGGGAGGGUGGUGGGCAGGCCAAUAUUGAAUUUGAUGUCAUGCUCGUCUGGGACUUCAAGGAACCACUAACUAUAGAAGCUUCACUGCUGCCAAAUUUCGUUUUCAUGAAGUCAUCUGCAGAUCAGGACUUAAUAAGCCCUGAUUGCAAACCCUUGUUCUUUCAGGGCUACCUCUGUCCAAUGAUGGUGACGUACAAAUUUUUGCAUUUAUUCAGGAGUUUUAUUGAAAACAUUUCAAAACCGCAAAAUAAUGCAACCAUUACUGUCAGUGAGCAUGGACCGGCACUGCAGAUAGACGUUAAAAUGAUGCUUAGAAAGGAGAAAAAGAUUUUAUUUACCAUCGACAUUGUUCCCUCAUUGAAGCUUAACAACGACGAAUACUUCGUGCCUAAAGUCGUCCGCGGAGGCGUGCAUGUCUGCAAGGAUUUCGCCAAAAAAAAUCUAACAUGGCGAAGAUCGUUCAGUGUUCAUGAGAAAAAACGACUAUCUAGAAUUCUGAAGGAUGAAAAUCACGUGAAAUUAUUGAAAGUACUGAAAGGGAUCAGAAAUCAAGAUGCCCAGAUGGCUCUGUUGAAUUCAUACCAAUUGAAAAAUAUCUUCUUGAGAGUUUGCCAUAGAAUGCCUGAUAACAAUCUAUGGUCGGAAAAAUAUCUCGGUUUGAGGUUGAUGGAUUUGUUGAUUGAGUUAGAAGUCUGUCUUAGGAAGCGUUACCUUCCUAGUUUUUUCCAACCGUGUGUUAAUUUGAUGGCUGAUACCUCAUUUCGGAAUUUUACAAGGCUUGCUAAUAGGUUCAGACGUCUGAUAGAUGAUGAAAACGCUAUGAUGAAGCUGGUGGCGUCGCGUUGUUAG